AUGGAUUCAGACAAUUCAGACAAUUCAGAUGAUCUAUUUUGGGACAUGAUUGAAGAAGAAUUUAUGGACAACACUGAUGAAGAUCUAAUAAAGUCAAUGCUCGAGAAGGAACAUCAAUCUGGAAGUUCCUCUAGGCUAAAGAGAAGAACAAUGAUAGAUCGAAGUCGUGAAGAAGGGCACGAUCAUUUAUUCAAUGACUACUUCUCGGAAAAUCCAGUUUACACAGAUGUUCAAUUCCGAAGAAGGUUUAGAAUGCAUAGGCAUGUGUUUCUUUGA